UCAUUCAGGUUUUGAGCGGCGCACAGUGCGGACGCUCUUCGAUCACUUCAUACACUCGGAGGGAUCACCAGGGGCACUUUCGAUGAGAGCAGACGAGGAUAAUCUUUAUAGGGAGCAACUGCCCAAUGUUGGCUCUCUAUUGGUUGACGGGGGACGCAAAUUGUGCCGGCCUUCAACGAUCACAAAUAAAUUUCCUAUAUUGAAAUGGCUACCGAGAUAUCGCAUGGAAUAUUUACUGCAGGAUUUUAUUGCCGGUUUCACUGUCGGUCUGACUACCAUUCCACAGGCCAUAGCUUAUGGUGUGGUGGCUGGACUAGAGCCUCAAUAUGGUUUAUAUUCCGCUUUUAUGGGUUGUUUCACCUACAUUGUAUUUGGCUCUUGCAAAGAUGUUACAAUCGCUACCACAGCCAUCAUGGCCUUGAUGGUUAAUCAAUAUGCCACCAUUAGUCCGGAUUAUGCAGUUCUCGUUUGCUUUUUGGCUGGUUCCAUAAUUCUUGUCCUGGGUCUUCUCAAUUUGGGUGUCCUGGUGCGUUUCAUAUCGAUUCCAGUUAUCACAGGAUUCACCAUGUCAGCGGCCGUAACAAUUGGCAGUGCACAAAUCAACAAUUUAGUUGGACUUACUAGUCCUUCAAACGAUUUGCUGCCCGCAUGGAAGAAUUUCUUUAGCCAUUUACCUUCCCUUCGAGUUUGGGAUGCCUUGCUGGGUGUGGUUUCUUUGAUCUUUUUGCUGCUGAUGAAGAAAGUGAAGGACAUUAAAUGGGGCAAUCGCAUUUUCUGGAAAUAUUUGUCCUUAUCUCGUAAUGCCCUGACAGUUAUUUUUGGCACCUUUCUGGCCUAUAUACUGAGUCGUGAUGGUAAACAACCAUUCCGUGUCACGGGCAACAUAACUGCUGGUCUGCCCCCGUUUGGUCUGCCACCAUUUAGCACCACAGUGGAUGGAGAGUAUGUGUCCUUUGGCGAUAUGAUCAGCACAGUUGGCGCCUCAUUGGGUUCAAUUCCAUUGAUAUCCAUAUUGGAAAUUGUGGCCAUCUCAAAGGCAUUUUCAAAGGGAAAAAUUGUUGAUGCCUCACAGGAAAUGGUUGCCCUGGGCAUGUGUAAUAUAAUGGGCAGCUUUGUCCUUUCCAUGCCGGUAACUGGUUCAUUCACCCGUACAGCCGUUAACAAUGCAAGCGGUGUGAAAACUCCUCUCGGCGGUGCCGUAACUGGAGCUCUUGUUCUCAUGGCCUUGGCCUUUCUGACCCAAACAUUCUAUUAUAUCCCCAAAACAACAUUGGCAUCCAUCAUAAUAGCAGCCAUGAUCUCAUUGGUGGAACUUCACAAAAUUUCCGACAUGUGGAAGUCGAAAAAGAGGGACCUAUUUCCGUUUGUGGCAACGAUUAUUCCCUGUUUAUUCUGGAGCUUGGAAUAUGGCAUACUCUGUGGCAUUGGUGCCAAUCUUAUCUAUAUACUCUAUAGCAGUGCACGUCCUCAGGUGUUCAUUAAGCAGGAAAAGAUUAAUGGCUAUGAGAUUGCCUUAGUUGAUGUGAAGCAGAAAUUGGAUUAUGCCUCAGCGGAAUAUCUCAAAGAGAAGGUAGUACGUUUCCUCAAUCAUCAAAAUGAGGAAAUUCGUCUGGUGGUUAUCAAAGGCGAAGAGAUUAAUUCCAUUGACUAUACAGUGGCCAUGAACAUCAUCUCACUCAAAGGCGAUCUGGAGACUCUUCACACUGAUGUCAUCUGCUGGAACUGGAAUGUUGCCUCUGCUGGUGUCGUUUGCCGUCUCAAUCCUGAAAUGCGUAACAUUUUCAAAUUUGAUUAUUCCCUGGAAGAGGUGGUGGCUGCUCAUUUCAAUGGCAUCUCAAACACAACAUCAACUGUAACAUUGGGAAAUGAGUAGCCUAGGAAAAAUAUUAGGAAAAGAUGCUUAUUACCUAUGAAGGCUUUCAAGUAUUUCAGUUUUAAUUAUAAUUUGUAAUUAAAUUUACACCAAUUUUUACCUCAAUGAACAAAUAAAUAGUUUUGCAAUCGAAA